CAAUUUUUUUUAGGUUUUUUGCAAAAAAUUCAUGACAUAUAGAAAAAAAGAAUCUUUUUCCAAUGACAUAUUCUAUAUUCCAUGAAAAUAUUUGGAGCAUCCCUUUUUUCUGGAAAAAGUCUCUUGCUACAUUCUUCCAUAGUUAAUAGAAAAAACACUGGUUCGGAAGAUCAGGAAUAACCUAUUCAAUUAUGUUAUUAUUACGCAUAUUUGAAUUUAAAGGGACAUGAUAAUGCACAACUCAUUUGCCGCGCAUAAAACUUCAGUUAAAAACACACGAAUUUGUUAAAAGUUUUGUUGUUUUAUUUUGAAAAAUAUCUAUACAGUUUUAAAAUAAAUCUAAAAACCGUUAAUAAAAUAAUAUUUUACAUAAAACAUUAAAAAUUAGUUAAGAACAAAAAUAUUUACGUAUAAAUAAUGGUCUUCAAAUAAAUGUUUUACAGGUAGAAAGUUAGUGUUUAGUUAGAAUAGGAAGCCACCAUAAGAACGAAAGUUUCGAUACAGGUAACCAUGUUAUAAAAAGGUAAAGUAAUAAAUUGUUCAAAACAAUUCUGCAAAACUUAGCACACAAGAUGCCAGGUGUAAAUUGUAGUGUAUUCGGGUGACGUAUGUGUAGAAGAACAAAAGGCAUUGGUAUUUUUAGAAUUCCUGCAGAACAUGUUCAGAAAGAGUGGCGUCAACAGUGGUUGUCUGAAAUAACCAAAACUAGUGUAGUAGAUGAGAACUUUAAAAAACAAAUAGCUAAUAAUAAUGUUUAUGCAUGUGAAAAACACUUUCAUAAAGAAGACAUUGAAAUAUUUGUUGGGGCAAAGAUGACGAAGAAGAAAUUAAAACAUGGUGCUAUCCCAACAUUAAACAUGAUAGUAAGAAGUUUCAGUAAACAAGUUACCCCAAGACCACCAAGAAAGACUUUGAGUACUCCUACAAGUAUUAAACCCUAUUACAAAAACCUUAAAGAUUUAAACACACGCAUUAAAAACUUAAAAUCCUUGAAUGGUUGGGAGACAUUUUUAACUGACAAUACUACUACAUUUAAAAGGUUUACACAACCCUGGAGUGAGCCAUACUUAGAAGUGUGUAUUGAUGAUGGUUUGGGCUUCACAAUUCAAGCAUAUAAGUGGUUUUUAUCAUACUUUAUAUAAAAAUUGCAGAAGAUCACUUAAAAACAUUACUGUUUCAAAUUAUGAUUAUUCACAACUUUAAAAAAAUAUGUGCAAAAGGAGUUGAGCAUAUUUUUUGUAAACAUUAUGCAGAAUUCCCGUAAAAAAUAUGCAUAAUAAUAUUUUUUAGAUAGUUUACUUUCACUAUCGAAUUAAAAAAUAUCAAAGUUAAGGAAUAUGCAAAUGAGCUGUCUCUUGUAAACCUGACUUCUGUCUAUUACUAAUUCUGAACGCGUGCACGCAUAUUCAGCAUAAAGAAAAAGUUCGCACUUCUAUCAUCUUUCUGCAUACUCACUUCACACAUUUUCACAACACCUACGAAAAUCUUUAAAAGCAAAUAUCUCGUUAGUAAAUUUUUCGCAUACAUGCCUUUACGUUUGUGGUCUCUUUUUCCGAAAGCUACCUAUUGGCUCAAUAAAAUUUUCGGUAAUGAAAAGCUGAAUAAAUUAUCCACAAAACGUUCCCAGAUUUUUUUGGAUAAAUUACUGAUUAGCGAAUUAUGACGACAGAAAGAAAAAAAAUAUGCAUUUUUUUAAAUGAUUAUAUAUAAUUACAAAUAAUUUCAUAACGACGUUAUUAGAAAAAAACGGUAUUGGUAAACAAUGGAACUACCCAGAACCACCCAGAAUCAGCCAGAACCAGCCAGAAUCACCCAGAACCAGCCAGAAUCGCUAAAAUUGAACCAAAACGAGUCAUGCCAAUCUAUAUAAAAGGCAGGGUUAAUAUGGUCGAAAUCCAAUACAAAAAACGGCCCAAAAAAUGCUUCGUUUCCUGACCUAGAUUAGAAUAUGGCUUUGCCUCCGAUAUUCGAGGGAAGGACGCUGGGACAGAAGCUAUUGAAUUUACAACUGACAAAUCGACAACAACACAAAUUGAAUUGUAUGGAGAGAAAAAUGAAUUAUAUGGAAAAUGUGCAAGAUUCAUAGGAAAUAUCAGUAUUUUAAGUUGUUGAAUUAUAAUUAAAUAUUAUUGAAUCAAAUAAAAAGGGGGACGGACGCUUAUCAUUUAAAAUACUUUACGGUGGACUGCUGUAAGUCAGUGGUUUAUAUUAAAUGAUAUGCGUACGGCCAGUGAAAUAGAAGCAGACUUUGGCGGUGGGAAACAAUGCUGAUUGCGGUAGUAUUCAUCGAUCUAUUAUCAUGUAUCAAGCUAAGUUCAAGAUAGCUACAGCAUAUAACUAUUGUGGAUUAUUUAAACUUUCUUUUUCAGCCUAAUUUGUCAUUUUUUUGUUUUUAAUAGUAAGAACACAAAUUCUGAAUUUAGCCUCAUUUUGUUCUCAUUUAUGUAACGUAAUAUUCUCGGCACAUAAUUGUUCCUGCAUUGUUCUUAUUUUAUGAUUUGCGUUGUUCUUAGUUUUGAAAACAAUGGUUGAGUCUGAGGCUGCUCUUAUUUUGUUCUUAUUUUUUUGGCAAAAUCUGAGGGUCGUGUUCUUAUAAAACUGUUCUUAUUUUUGCGCAAAAAUCGGUGCGGCAAUGUUACGUGAAAAUUAAAAACGUGGGAGUAAAGAUGCUUCAUAUUUUGAUUAAUAAUAUUACAAGCGUAGUGCGCAAAAUUCAUAUACCAUUGCGCUGUCCGUGAAAUCAGCUUCGUCAGAUACUGGUGCAUCUUGUCCAUAUCUCGAUACUUGUCCCUACUGAGUAAACAUAUGAGUAAACUGUCUAUGUGAAUUUCCAAAUCCUACCUAAGGUGGUUUUCAAAGAGAUACUCACAAUAAAAUUUUUGCCAUAUUCUAAAAGAAUAUUGGUGACCGGAACUGGUAAUAAAGGGUAACCAGGUAUCUGUUCAGCUUCGUCCAUCAGCGGAUUUUCAAAGCUGUAAAUAAUGAUGUUUGGUACUGCUAUGUGAAACAUGUUUGCGGUAUCUUUCAAAGCGUGAUAGUUAUUGUCAUUGUCUACAAUGUAUGUUUCCGAAAGAUGUGAAACAUCCAACACUUCAUUCAGUUCUGUGGUGAUAAAUACUUCUAAUGGUCCAAAAGGUAAUUUCUUAAACUAGAAAGCAAAA